UGUUCAAGCCUCCCUCUCUUUAGUGGAACAAAAAACACUGUUCAAGUCUGCUUGAAUUAAUAUAUUUCUAGCACCCAUAAACAUAAACAUUAUUCACACACUCAAACACCAAUUCAACCAACAUGGACCUCUCUUUUUCCUACUGCUUCUUCUUGUUCCUCCAUCUCUUAUCAGUACUACUCAUUGUAUUUAUGGCAAUUGAAUUUUUGAAGAUUUUAGUGAGCAGAAGCACAGAGAUGGUGAACCCUCCUCCGGGGAGCUUAGGACCACCUUUCAUCGGAGAAACGCCUGCCUUUAUCUCAGCAAAUAGCAAUAGUAAAGGAUUAUAUGAGUUUGUGAAGACUAGGCAUCUCAAAUAUGGGAGUUGUUUCAAGACAAGCAUAUUUGGGAGCACUCAUGUGUUCAUAUCUAGCACUGAGGCUGCUAAACUAAUGCUCUCUGGUGAAUCUCUUGAUUUUUCAAAGAGGUACAUAAGAUCAAUUGCUGAGUUAUUAGGAGAUCAAAGCUUGUUAUGUGCCUCCAAAGAGACCCACAAGUUGGUUCGUCAUAGAAUAUCCAAUCUCUUCACUUCGGAUUCAUUCUCCUCAUCUAUCAACUUCUUUGAUGAACUUACUUUGAAGACUAUGGCUCAGUGGGAACAAAGGAAGAGUGCUCUUGUUCUUGAUGAUGCUAUGAAGAUAACCUUCAAUGCAAUUUGCAAGAUGUUAAUAAGUUUAUCAGAAGAGAAUGAGCUUCAAAUUUUACAAAAGGAUGUUUUACAAGUUAAUGAAGCAAUGCUUGCCAUUCCAUUGAAUUUGCCAGGGACUAGGUUCUACAAAGGUCUAAAGGCUAGGAAAAGGAUCAUGAACACACUGAAGAGAAUCAUAGAGUUGAGGAGAAAAGGGUUGGAGUUUCAUGAUGAUUUCUUGCAAUCACUUUUGAGGAGAGAUGAUGAUGACAAUGAUUAUGAGCCAUUGGCUGACAAGCAAAUCCUUGAUAACAUCUUGACACUUAUAAUUGCAGGACAAGAUACCACGGCAAAUGCAAUUGCAUGGAUGGUCAAGUACUUAGAUGAAAAUCAAGAAGUUCAGGACACUCUUAGAUUGAAUUUAUCAUCAGAGAAUCAUGGGCAUUCUCUUGGUGUUGAAGCAUUGAAUAGAAUGUCAUAUGCAUCAAAGGUGGUGAAAGAGUCUUUAAGGAUGAUGACAAUUGUAUCCUGGUUCCCAAGGGUAGCAAUGAAGGAAUGCCAGAUUGAUGGAUUUCAGAUAAAGAAAGGUUGGAUAUUGAAUGUUGAUGCAAGAGCUAUACAUUAUGAUCCAAAAGUGUAUGAAGAUCCAACUAAAUUCAAUCCUUCAAGGUUUGAGGAAGAUGCAAAACCUUAUAGUUUCUUGGCAUUUGGAGUUGGAGGUAGGAGUUGUUUGGGAAUGAACUUAGCCAAGGCAAUGAUGCUGGUGUUUCUAUACAGACUUAUGACCAAGUUCAGGUGGAGGGUUACAGACAAAGAUUCAAGCUUAGAAAAAUGGGGGAUCUUUCCAAGGCUAAGAACAGGGUGCCCUGUUCAUGUCACCCCAAUUAACACAGAGUGUGAAUCACUCUAGCAGAGCACAUUAGUGUAGCUGAGUAUAUAUAUAUAUAUAUUUAUAUAUUUAUGUGUAUGUGUAUGUGUAUAUGUAUUGAAAAGGAUGAUGGUGAAUGGCAACUGUAAGACACAUUUUGAAUGUUGGCAAUAAAUAAAUAAACUU